AAAAGGAAAGGCAGCUGAGAGUGCUGCCCAUUUCAAUUGUCAACAGCGAAUAUCCUCUUUUGCUGCGUCACAUUCAAGGUCGGCGCGAAAAGUGUUAUCUCCUGAAAUCAAAAAUGAAAAAAAGAUAACCUUCAUCGUUGCACUGAUCACUCCUUUUCAUCACUUUGCGAUUUCACUGCAAAUCGCUUCAAUUCUAAUGCUGAUCAUUUCAUUCUUCUAAAAGUUAAUUUCCGUGGUUUGUAUCGAAAAUGAUUUUUGAAACUAUACUAAUUAUCUUAACUGGAUUAACAAAUAUAUUUUUUUCUGUGAAGUGGUUGAUAACACGAAUCCUUUUGCACGUACACAAAGCUCGCACUCCCAGGAGAUUCGAUUUAUAUGAUAUCUACGCACUUAAUGAUCCUGUGAAAUUGGGAUUUUUAUUUCCGAAGCUCGAACAGGAAGUGGAAUCUCCCUAUUCUGAAUCUCAUUUGGAACACGCAGCAGACGAAGUUUUCAUCUACGGAGUGAAUUCCAGCCACGAAUGCUUCGUAUCGAGAAUAUCGAGAGGAGGCAAUGGGGAGGCAGAAGCUUGGAUCUACUUGAAGCUGAAAGACGGUCGAACCUACCACUUGAUGGAGACACUGGGCUAUGAGCAGAGUUACGAUGGAAGGACAUUCAGCUGUGGGGGUCUGCGGUUGCAUUACGUCGAACCCAUGAGGAGGUGGAGGAUCUUCUUCAGCGGAAUCCUCAGAGAAACAAGAAAAGAUGAAGAAACACCGGGGAAGAACGUGUUUGUCAAGUUUGCUUUAAUGUGGAAGACAUCAUCGGACAUAUUCGAUUUUAAGACUGAUAUGGAUUCUGGCAGUGUUGCUAAAAGCAUGGCGAAGACCAGAUUUAAGCCUUUCUUUGCACCCCCCAUUGACCAGAUUGCUGACACAAUGGAUUUUUACAGUCAAACUGGAAUUAUUAAUGGAACUGUCUCAAUAGAGGAUAAUCCCGAAUAUGAAAUAUAUCUCUUUGGAGAAAAAGUGAGAUUCCUUGGAAAAAGCUCGAAUUGCGUAGGAUCAAAGUUCAAGCAGAUUCUUGGCGUUACUCCAGAGACUGGAUUUGCUUUCCAUCUUGGUGAAAUAUCCAUUCCGCUUUUGUUCGAAAAUUUACCUUUCGGUUUCACCGUGGAGCCAACUGGGACUAUGAAGGCUGUCACAGAUAUGAAUUUGAUUACAAAGACGAAAUCUCUAGAAAACAGUUUGAGCGCUAAGUUCACUGCAGGUAAAGAUUACUGCUUGGAUGGUCAAAUAAGUGGAGAACCAAUAGAGUUUAAAAGCAAAAAAGGCUGGAAAGGUUACAUGGAACUUAGAUAUGUGGAAUUCACUCAUCGGAAUUACAAAGGGAGCGGGUUUCUCCUCUCUGGGGAAGUACUGGAAGAACCAAAACGAAAGCAGAAGGAGGCUCCGAUAUUAAAACUUCCAGAAAAAAUCCCUUUCACUGUAAAUUUUACUGAAGAAAUAUCUCAACUUACAGAGGUAACAGGAGGCAAAGGGGGAUCUUUAGGAAAGUUAACGCAUCUAAGCAACAUAGAAAAAUCAUUUGUCGUUCCAAAAGGGAUAACUGUGACUACGUCAGCCUAUUUCGCUUUUUUGACUCUCCAGAUAAAGAAAGAGAUCAAAUUGCUAGAGGAUAUUCUUUAUGGAAACUCGGAUGGGGACGUAAAGACAGCAUGCGAAAAAGUUCGUUCAGUUAUUGUGGCGACGCCUCUUCCUCAAGUUGUGCGCGAGGAUAUCAGAAAGAAUCUCAGUAAAUUGUUUGGACAUGAGAUACAGGAUCUGAAGUUUGCCGUUCGGUCAUCUGCCACUGGAGAAGACACUGAACAGAUGUCAGCUGCAGGACAGAUGGAUACCUUCUUAGGUGUUCGAGGCGAAGAAGAUAUUUUUGAAGCGAUUAAAAAGUGUUGGGCUUCACAGUUUGGUCACAUUGCAGUAGAAUACAAAAGGCGCUACGGCCAAGUGCUGAAUUCUCCAAUGGCAGUAGUUGUACAGGAGAUGGUAGCUUGCGAAGUAGCCGGUGUCCUUUUUACAUGUGAUCCUGUCACGAGCAACCCGUCUGUCAUCACAAUAACGGCCAAUUAUGGCUUAGGAGAGAGCGUAGUCUCAGGAUCAGAAGAACCAGACACAGUCUUUCUUCAGCGGGAAGACAACGAUCAAGUUAGUUUGAAGUCUGUUACUCUGGGAGCAAAACAACACAGAAUUGUUAUGGAAGGUGAUGGAGGAGUGAGGACAGAAGAUGUUCCAGAUCAUGAAAGAGGAGAAUGCUGCGUGUCAAACGAAAUGGCUGAGAAACUUGGAAAAAUUUCUAUCAAGAUUGAAACCCACUGCAAAUCACCAAGAGAUAUAGAGUGGGGAAUUAGUAACAACACUAUUUAUGUUCUACAGUCUCGUCCAGUAACCAGCGGCGCCGGUGAAAGCGAUUAUGAAAUAAAGCACGAGUUCGAUGCACCCCUUCGAUGUGAAAACGACUAUUUUACCGUGUGCAACACUGGGGAAGUCAUGCCUGGUGCAGAAUCUCCUCUGGGUUUAGAUCUAACCAUGAAAGUCUUCGGUCCUCACUUUAGAAGGGAUGCAAAAGUUAAACAAGUUAGUAAUGAAUUUCUUCGCAGCUACUACUACACCAGCGGGAUGGCUGCUUUCAACAACCACUUGAUGAUGUCUGUCGUGGACCUAAUUUCUCGAAUGGACGGCCACGAUACAAUGGCCGCCAAAGCAACGAUGAUUGGAGUCUUCGGGCGGAUUAUUGAUGACGAGGAGAUAUUUCUCAUAGCCAAGGAGAGGGCUCAAGAAAAAAAGAGGAAACCGAUCAGAGCUCACCUGCUGAUGCUUAAAUCGCUUUUCUACGGAAGAUCUGGGCAUAAAGCACUGGAAAAGCAUCUGCACCGUUUCGAUUCUUCUGAUAGAAAAUAUAAAUCCUCGCAGGAAGCAUUCUCAGCUAUACUGAAGAAUUGCUCUGAAUAUGAUGAGUCAAUAGUACAACAUAUGUUUUGCAGUGAAGGUUCUAUGCUGUGGAAUAUCCUUUUAUUCUUCACUCUUGCCAAAAAUAAAGAAAACUUUGACACUGAUGUUUACAGUGAUUUUGCCCGCCUCUUAUCGUCUUCUUCAAAUGUGCUUAGUGCAGACGUACCGGCAGCAAUGCAGAAUCUAGCGUAUGCCAUAGUGCAAGAGAUGAAAGUUGAAGAUUUCAGGUCUAUGACUAUUGAGGAUGCUACCAAAUGGCUGGAGACUACUCAAACAAGUGCUGGGGUAAAGUUUCGGGAAUUUCUGAAAAUUCACGGUCACAGAUGUGUAAAAGAGUUUGACGUGCAUUCCGUGCCAUGGGAGAUGGAUACAAAAGCUCUGGUCAAGCUCUUACAGAAUCUCGCUGGAACUUGUGAUAAAGCUGUAGGAAAAUCCGAUCAAGAUUAUGGAAAAAUAUUUUCAGAACUAAAAACUCCUCUGGAUUUCAAAACAAGAUGGCUUAUACGUUUCUUGUUACCAAAUUGUCGUAGAGCUGUGGGAGAAAGAGAACAAUGUAAAUCAUUGCUCAUCAAAUCCAUGAAUAUCUGGAGGAAAGGAUUCCUAACCUUAAGCAAACUGAUGGUUUCCGAAGGUCGUAUUCCAGAUGCAGAACUCAUCUUCUUCUUCACCCUUCCUGAAAUUCAGGAGUUGCUAGAAACCAGAUCUCCCAAGCUCAUUUCAAAAGCCAUUCACCGCAGAAAACUGUUUCCGGCAUUGGACCGGUAUAUUUUCCCAGAAAUUAUGAGAGGCCUUCCUAGACCAAUCAAUGAUGAAUCUGGUUUUGAGCACGCCUUGAGUUCUGCGGCUGAUCUGACUAUGAAAGGUAUUCCUGUGAGCCAAGGUGUUACCAAAGGUUUUGCACGAGUUGCUGUCACAUUGGAAGAAGCUACGUAUGUAAAGCCUGGUGAAAUUCUCAUUACCUACGGUACAGAUAUUGGCUGGAGUCCGUAUUUCCCGAUAAUAACAGGAGUAGUAACGGAGCUGGGAGGCCUCAUAUCACACGGAGCUGUUAUAAGCAGAGAAUAUGGUUUACCAUGUGUUGUAGGAGUACAAGGGGCAACUCGUCAAUUUCAAACAGGAGAUUAUAUUCUCCUGGAUGGCAACAGAGGAGUUGUUCAAAGACUACCAAAACCAGAAAAUGAAUAAGGAGCUUGUUGGUAAUGUAAAAAUAAAACAAAACGCUUGAACAAAGGAGAGACUUUUGUGCAAAAAUUAGGAACAAAGAAAUUUUCCAAUCAACACGCAGAAUUUAUAUUUCAAGCACAAAACUCAUCAAAAAAAAAGUACAAAGGGUAUAAGGAGCAAAAGUUCAUCUCAGAACGUUGUCAACAAAAUUUGCAAACGAAAAAUAAAACUUUGUCUUAAAUC